AUGCAGCAAGAGGCCGCGGCUGGCGAGGCCAGAUCUAGGACACGAGAAGCCUGCUGGCCAAAACAAGACGUGAAGGCCUUAAGGCAAGCACUGAAGGAUGUACCUGCCGCCCUGGACAAAAACGAGCGCUUCAGGAGGGUGUCGGCUUUGGUAGGAGGAAGUCACAGCAAGAAGGCGUGCUACGAGAAGUACAAAGAACUGAAAGCGGAAGCAAAGCUGAAACAGACCACGCCACGAACAUCGGUCUCAGGAGCGUCGCCUGGCGACUCUCGGGAUCGCCGUGCUGCCAACAAAAAAAAAGCGUGCGCCGGCAACGACGGCGAGAUAAUAUCCGUGUCACCAUCCAGUGCUGGACAGCAGCAGGUCGAAGUCACAAGUGUGAGCACGGCUGCCGGGUCCGUGACCUCUUCUACCGUCAGUGGGCUGUUCUCCGGGAGAAGCAGCGCUACCACUCUUUCCUCCUGGUCCUCCAAUUCGGCCGAUCUUUGUGCAAGGCAGGAGCAACAACGGCAGGAACACAUAAGAUCCAUGAAGUCGAAUGCCUUGUCGUCGGUGUCAUCGGGACUCCCGGAGAGCGACAUGCUAGAAACCCAAGGCAACUUUGAGGGUGACCGCAGAGGGUACUACCCUGAAAAGAGCAACAGCAGGGCUAGUAAUGACAGCAUCGACAGACCUACUAGCCUCGCUGGGGGAGGCCCACAAACGACCAAGCACGAAGAAGAGCUGAUGGAGGUUGAAGAAGUCGACGUGGAAGAUUUCUGCCUCGACGAGGAGCUAGUCGUGGAGCCACGACGCAGGGUGCGGACGACGACGACGACGACGACGCCACACACAAGGCGAGCAGAAGGCGGACGCCAAGAUUGGAACCCGGCCGCCGGAAACAGUGGCGCGGGCUUUCACCGCACAGGGCAGGGAGACAGCCAAGCAACGACACCCUCGUCCGCUGGAGGCGGCGGCGGUGGAGGCUCGGGUGGACUUCCGGGAAGGACAGCGGUCACGGAGGUACAGGCGAACGGCGUGCGGGAGCUGGUGUUCGGGAACCCUUCCAAGAGGUUCAACGACGCGUGGAGAGAGCAGGGGUUUUUCUUCUGCGGCGAGGAUUUUCUGCGGUACGGUUUGGUGCAGGCGGAGGGCGGGCCGUGCGGCGUCCUCGCGGCGGUUCAGGCAUUCGUUCUUGAGGACCUGAUCUUCGGCGAUUGUGCAGGGUGUGACUGGAGGAACCCCAAGAAGUCUCAGCGGGAGCGUUCACUAACGUCCGCUCUGAGCACCAUCAUCUGGAGCGCAGGCGACGGAAACACUGCUGUACUGGCUGUGUCAGAAGGGGGAGCUACUGUGCAGCGCUCGAGCCGCUACCGGCCGGACGGCUUCACGGAGAGGGUCAAGCUGAUCCACGUGGGCAGCAGAAGCGCCCUGGAGGGCGUGGUGCGCGACAACCUGCAUCACUACACAAAUAGAAAGGGCCAAGGUGUGAUCCUGCUGGUGUAUUCUUGCGUCUUCAGCAGGGGUGUAGACGCCGUCCGCGGGGACAUGGACAACAGCUUCGACGAACCUUCCCCUCUGAUGGCCAGCCAUGGUUAUGCCUCCCAGGAACUGGUAAACCUGUUGCUCGUGGGACGCGCGCGCUCCAACGUCUUCGACGGUUGCCGCGUCAUGGGUGGCGAGGGCGGGGGUGCAAAGGCAGGGGCAGGAGGGAAAGAAGGGUGCGAAGACGGGGAGAGGGGCCAAAAGCAAGGGCACCAGAAGGAGGAAGAUGAAGGAGGGGGCGAUGAUCGAGUCGUCCUGAGGGGGGUGUCAGAGAGGGGCAGAGUGGGUUUCCUCACUCUUUUUGAGGCCUACAAACAUGUGGAGGUUGGGGACCGUCUCAAGAACCCCGAGACACCGAUCUGGGUGGUGUGCAGCGAGAGCCACUACUCCGUCCUCUUCGGCGUCGACAGCUCUAUCGUGCCACCACCACAACCGACGACAGCAUCGCGGGAGGACUCUAGAAGACAGCUCGCGGGAGGCAGUGGCGGCGCCACCGCAAAAAGUGCCCCUGCUGCUGGUAGCAGCGGUCGAGGGAACGGCGGAUCGGCGGCGAGCGGCUAUGGGUCGGGUGGGCGCGAGACCGACGGAGCGGAGGCGUUUGAUCUGGAGUACUACGACGGCCUGGGGAGGCAGGACGAGACGAUACGCCUCACGGUGGACCAGCGGCACGACGGAGGAGAUGGCUCCCCUCCCCUAACAACCUACAACGAGGCAAACGAUGCCCUGAUCCCCCCGCUGGACUUGGUCAUCCGAACCAGAUGGCCCGAGGCAACCGUGGACUGGAAUGGGACGGAUCCCAUCCUCUGA